AUGCGCUUCCCCGAUCCCCGACGAUCCGUUCUGCCCGACUUCAUCCGGAUUGCAGCGGGCAAAAGAUGGAAAGUGGGUGAUUUCAAUAUUUUCUUUGUUUUUUCCCAAUUCCGUCUACAAUCGAGAGGAAUCUUUUGCAACCUCCCAUUGGUCCUCUGUCGCCACCCUAUCUUCGAAGUGUUCCUCGUAUUCCUCGACGACCCAUGCAUCCACAUAAUCCUCCAUUAGGACCGGGGAAUCUAGAACUGAACCCUAUACCGCCUUCAAUUGAGAGGAAUCUUUUGCAACCUCCCAUUCGUCCUGUAUCACCAUCCUGCCUUCAAAGUGUUCCACGUAUUCCUCGUCGGCCCAUGCAUCCACGUGUUCCUCCUGCUCGUCCAACGUCGCCACCUAUACCUCGAAGUGUUCCUCCUACUCAUCCAUCGUCGCCACCCAUACCUCGAAGUGUUCCACCACCUUUUCGUCCGACGGAGCCAACCCAGCUUCCAGGUGUUGAAGCGUUUUCCAUGGAAGAGAGUGAGAUGCUGUUGAACUAUGUUGUUCCCGGCGAAUACCAAGCGAGAUCGAUGACACAAAUUCUUGGUCCAUUCGACUGUGAACCCACUAUACAUGAACUUCCGAGCGGUGAUACCUACUUUAUUUUGCGGAGUAUGGGUCGACACCCACGUACGGGUAAGCGUAUAUGGGUAAACAUCCGACAGCUCACAGUACCACCGAAGCCUGGUGCCCGUUCACGCCCAAUUUCACCAAGACGACUGCCUGGUAUAACAGUGAGAGAUGAUUUAGAUGUUCAUAUGAAGAACCACCUGGUACCUGGAAACUACUAUGCAAAGUUAGUUGGGAUGCCUUCCUUAUUUAUUGGUUAG